AUGGAGCGAUGCACUGCCCCGACUGCCCUGUGCAGAGCAUUCACACUGCAACUGCUCUGCGCCUGUUGCGCAUGUGCCGCUCCACUUGGUGGCCCGGAGCAGCUGCACUUGGCCUUGGGUGACAAGCCCAGCGUGGUCACCGUCACAUUCUUGAGCAAUGUGUCAUACAACCGCUCAACUUGUACUCUCCGUCAUCCUGGCAGCACGGCGAAUCUUACCUACACCGGCACAUCCCGGGUGUACAGCAACAAAGGCUGGGCCGGCAGAAUCCAUUCUGUUCAGAUGGAUGAACUUCCCGAGAACACGCGCUUGUCCUAUUCAUGUGAUGGCACGUCCUGGCAUGGAUUCCAAACACCACCUCCUGUUGGCCACUUUCCAAUCACAAUUGCUGCGGUGGCUGACCUUGGAGAGAACUGCAACAAGGAAGGCUGCGGCAAUGCCACGAUUUCUUCGUUGGCCAGGGAUGACUCCUACUCGAUGCUGCUGCAUGCUGGUGACAUUGCUUAUACUGGCGGAGAUGAAGUGGUUUGGGAUCACUUCAUGGCAGAGAUCGAGCCCAUCGCACGUGAGCGACCCUACAUGGUUGGCGUCGGGAACCACGAGCACUUCAACAACUUCACAGGCUACAGCGUGCGGUUUACAAUGCCCGGUGUUGCUUCUUCCAACGGAAACCUUUGGUACUCCUUCGAUUACGGCGGUGUUCACUUCAUGACUUUCUCUACUGAACACCAUCUCGACGUACAGCUGCCAUUCAUCAAAGCAGACCUGGCCGCCGCUACGGCCAACAGGGAGAAGGUGCCAUGGAUCGUGGUCUUUGCCCACAAGCCACUGUACUGCUCCACGAAUGAUUACUACGACUGCAACAUUCACAGCCUUCGUCUCCGCACAGAACUGGAGCCACUGUUCCAAGCCCACCAGGUGGACCUCUUCUUGGGCGGCCACCUCCACAACUACGAACGCACAUGGCCGGUGAUGCGAAAUGUGACGGUGGCCAAGAGCUACACGAACCCGACGGCCACUGUGCACGCGGUGAUUGGCAAUGCUGGGGACUCCGAGGGCCUUACGGACAAGUGGUUUGCAUGCCCUGAUUGGUCCGUGACACGCCAGGCCUCCCUUGGCUAUGCCAAGCUUCGCUUCGAAAGCGCCACCAGGCUGAAGUUUGACUUAGUCGCCUCUGCCUCGGGAUCCCUGAUUGACACCUUCACGAUCGAGCGAUCAUUGCCUGGGACGGCGCCUGCAUCGCCUGCAUCGCCUGCCCUCUACAUGUAA